AUGGCACAGGAGAGCACAAAGAAACAAGGCAUUAAAAAGUGCCGCAGCGCCACCUUCAGUAUAGACGGGUUCAGCUUCACCAUCGUGGCCAAUGAGACGAGGACAGGAAAGCCCCGCCCUCUGGCCCGCCUGGCACGCUCGCGCUCCCAGAAUGCCAUGUGCUCUGGGGGUUCUCCGGGAGCCUCUCUGGGGGCCCCUGACCUCCGGGCCCUAGUGCUGGACCAGCGCAGUGCGGCUGAGAUCCUGGCAGAAGAACUCCCAUCACCAGAAGCUCCUGAUGCCAUGGAAAGGACGGCUGUCAGGUUGAGGUGUCUGGUGAAGCAGCUAGAGAGAGGAGAAGCUUCUGUGGUGGACCUCAAGAAGAACCUGGUGUUUGCUGCCACUGUGCUCGAGUCUCUGUAUGUGGAGGAGACCAGGCGUCUGAUGGACCUGGAGGAUGAGUUCAGUGACAUACACUCGGAUUGUGUGCCCUCGGAGGUGAGGGACUGGCUGGCCUCCACCUUCACCCGGCAGAGGACGCUCCUGAGACGCCCGGACGACAAGCCCAGGUUCAGGGCCAUCGUCCACGCUGUGCAGGCCGGCAUCUUUGUGGAGCGAAUGUACCGACGCACCUCCAACCAGGCUGGCCUCUGCUACCCCUCCACUGUCAUCUCUGUGCUCAAGAACAUGGACAUGUGGUCCUUUGAUGUGUUUGCUCUGAAUGAUGCCAGUGGAGACCAUGCCCUCAAGUUUGUCUUCUACGAGCUUCUGUCCCGCUACGACCUCAUCAACCGCUUUAAGAUUCCCAUCUCGUCUCUGCUGUCCUUCUUGGACCUGCUGGAGGAGGGCUACAGUAAACACAAGAACCCCUACCACAACCUGAUGCACGCUGCCGACGUCACACAGACCAUCCACUACCUGCUGCUCCAGACCGGUGUGAUGCACUGGCUGACUGAGCUGGAGACUUUUGCCAUCAUCUUUGCUGCAGCGAUCCAUGACUACGAGCACACAGGCACCACCAACAACUUCCACGUCCAGACCAGGUCAGACACGGCUAUGCUCUACAAUGACCGCGCAGUCCAGGAGAACCACCACAUCAGUGCUGCAUACCGCCUCCUACAGGCUGAGGACGAGAACAACAUCCUGUGCAACCUGUCCAAAGACGACUGGAGGGAGCUUAGGUCCCUGGUGGUAGAGAUGGUUCUGGCCACAGACAUGUCCUGUCACUUCCAGCAGAUCAAGACCAUGAAGAGCCUCCUGCAGCAGCCUGACACUAUAGACAAGCCCAAGGCCCUGUCUCUGCUGCUGCACACAGCUGACAUCAGUCAUCCUGCCAAACGCUGGGACCUGCAUCAUCGCUGGACCUCCUCCCUGCUCGAGGAGUUCUUCAGACAGGGGGACAAAGAGGCUGAGCUGGGACUGCCCUUCUCUCCUCUGUGUGACCGCAAGUCCACCAUGGUGGCUCAGUCCCAGAUUGGUUUUAUUGACUUUAUCGUGGAGCCCACCUUCACCGUGCUCACAGACAUGAUCGAGAAGAUCGUCAGCCCUCUGAUGGAGGAGACCAGCGGGCUGCGACACUCCAGUCUGAACAGUGUGACUGGCAGUGAUGUGAAGAGCGUCCACAGCACAGCGUCUGAGGGCUGUGUCCCUGUGGCCUCUGUGGACUUCAAGAGCUUCAGGGUCGUGUGGAACCAGGAGAUCACGAACAACCGCGACACAUGGAGGAGACAGGCCUCCAUAGAUGUGGAGGACAAGUCCAGGAAGAAGACCAAAGUGGACCCUGAGGAUCUGGAGUACAGGGUGCUGAAGACAAAUACUCCUAAGACAGAAGACACUGUAAAGAGGACAAAGGAGACAGUGGACAAGACUGUGGCCCCACCCCCUGUUCAGAGACAGGAGCAGACAGCUGAAAGGUCACAUGACUCCAAUAGCCAACCAGAAAAGACCCCUCCAGCACAUAAUGGUGAGAAACAGGAUGGAGGACAGUCCCACCCACGGCCCAUAGUCUACUACUACAAGCGGCCCAGUUACUGCGCUCGGGCCUACCAGGUGGUGCGCUCCAAGAUGACGGACAUGAGGCCCAUUGACGCCCGAGGGAAGGCCCGCAGAUUGCAGAGGAUCUCCCUCCGCCGCCGAAAAUGA